GAAGGCACAGCCUCCUUAACGGCACAGCUGCAUCUGGCUACAGGGCCAAGGGCACUGUCAAGAGAGAUACAUCCCUUCUCCAGCAGCAAAAUCGCCACAAUCAGCAGCAGCAACAGCAGCAGGACAAAUCACCAGUCACAAGGCACCCUGAGAAUUUCAGGAUGCAGAUGUCUCCAGUCUUUGCCUGCUUAGCCCUGGGCCUAGCCCUCAUUUUUGGUGAAGUGUCCACCUCAUACCAUCAUCAGUCUCCGGCGGCCCAUCUGGUCACAGACUUUGGAGUGAAGGUGUUUCAGCAGGUGGCACAGGCUUCCAAGGACCGCAAUGUGGUUUUCUCACCCUAUGGGGUGGCCUCGGUCCUGGCCAUGCUGCAGCUGACAACAGGAGGAGAAACCAGGCAGCAGAUCCAAGAGGCAAUGCAAUUCGAGAUUGAAGGGAAGGGCAUAGCCCCUGCCCUCCGUCAACUGUACAAGGAACUCAUGGGUCCAUGGAACAAGGAUGAGAUCAGCAUUGCCGAUGCCAUCUUCGUCCAGCGAGAUCUGAAGCUGAUCCAAGGCUUCAUGCCUUACUUCUUCAGGCUGUUCCGGACCACAGUCAAGCAAGUGGACUUUUCAGAGAUGGAAAGAGCCAGGUUCAUUGUCAAUGACUGGGUGAAGAGACACACAAAAGGCAUGAUCAGCGACUUACUUGGUGAAGGAACAGUGGACCAGCUGACACGCCUGGUGCUGGUGAAUGCCCUGUAUUUCAAUGGGCACUGGAAGACACCCUUCCCAGAAUCAGGCACCCACCACCGCCUCUUCCAUAAGUCUGAUGGCAGCACCAUCUCAGUGCCCAUGAUGGCUCAGACCAACAAGUUCAACUACACUGAGUUUUCUACUCCUGAUGGCCAUUACUAUGACAUCCUGGAAUUGCCCUACCAUGGGGACACUCUCAGCAUGUUCAUUGCUGCUCCCUAUGAAAAAGAGGUGCCUCUUUCUGCCCUCACCAACAUUCUGGAUGAUCAGCUCAUCAGCCAGUGGAAAGGGAAUAUGACCCGUCUGCCCCGCCUCCUGGUUCUGCCCAAAUUCUCUCUGGAGAGUGAAGUUGACCUCAGACAGCCCCUAGAGAACUUGGGGAUGACAGACAUGUUUAGUCCAAGUCAGGCAGACUUCUCAAGUUUUUCAGACCAAGAGCCUCUCUACGUAUCACAGGCACUGCAAAAAGUGAAGAUCGAGGUGAAUGAGAAAGGCACAUUGGCGUCCUCCUCUACAGCCAUUACCGUCUCAGCCCGAAUGGCCCCCGAGGAGAUCAUCAUGGACAGACCCUUCCUCUUCGUGGUGCGGCAUAACCCCACAGGAACAGUCCUAUUCAUGGGCCAAGUGAUGGAACCCUGACCAGGGAAAAAGAAUCCUUCAUCUGGGACAGAACUGGAGAUGUAUCAGAGAAGAGGAAACUCCGAAGAAAAGAACUCUUAUUUUAAUUAAUCAUUCUGGGGAAAGAGAAGGCAUUUAUUUGCUUUUUUUUUUUUUAAUGGUAAAUCUGCCUCCUAGACCUCAGCCUUUCCCAAGGUGGGAAAGAGGACUUUUCAAUGAAACUACUCAGUGGAAAUCCUGGAAGAGAUCUCUGAAGCACAACUCCCUGAAGUUCUCCAAACCAGACUGUAAAAGUUGCAGAGUCACUUGUGCAGUUGCUUCUGCCCAUCGCUCUGCCUGUUCGGGUCUUCAGACCUGUAUCCCACUGAGGCCCUGGCAGGAUGGCGCUACAAGGCUUACAGGAGCUUUUGUGUACUUGGUAGAAGCUAUUUGUGUUCCAGUCACGUUGCCGUCACUCUUGCACUGUCUGCCACUGCUGAGGAGGCUGGCAGCAGGCCAGAGGCCAAUGGAGGAAACACCCUUUCAUUACAAGGUCUAUAUUCCCCCAGCUCAGAGGUACUAUGGACUGGCAGAGCAACUGCCCACUCAGUACCAAGACCUACCCUGGCCUGACCGUCUCCCUCCCCAGAAACAGUGAGCAUAUAUUAUUUUGGAGUGUAGGUGACUUGUUUACUCAUAGAAGCAGAUUUCUGCUUCCCACAAACUUUAUUUUGCAGGAAUAGAGGAAGAAAGGAGAUGUGUGCCUGGCUCUUGGUUCCAGUCUCCUGAUGGGGAGGAUGGGAUGGGAUGCCAGGGGUGUGUUUGAAUAUUUAUCACAUCAUUGUGUGCUUGUUAGAGAAAAAGAGGAUUAUCAAGAAAAUCAUAUUAUUUAAACUUGCUAUAGUGUUCCUUUGUGGUCUGUGUCAUUGCAUCUCAGGAGUCUGUCUGGACACUUAACAGCUAUAACCCUCUGGGUGGCAAGCAUAAGGGGCUCAUACUGCCACCUUGUGGCUGCCCAAAUUCCAUCACUCUUCUUUCCUUGCCUUUCCACUUGAUGGAUUAGAACCCCUGCCAAGAUUAUACAACUUCAGCCCACUUUAGGGACCAAAAAGAUGUGGUGUGUAAGAGAGAUUAGAAUGAGGACAGAGUGGUUUCAAGUUUUUCCAAUAUAUCUAGGAGCAGGAGUACAGGGACUGCACGACCCAGUAGGACAGAAUUUUCCCCAAUUAUAGGGUGACUCAUAGCCAUAUUGGUGACUCACUUCAAUGUGUCAUUUCCGGUUGCUGUGUGUGAACAGUGGAUGAGAGAGAGGAUGAGAGGAUGAGAGAAAGAGAGAGAGAGAGAGAGAGAGAGAGAGAGAGAGAGAGAGAGAGAGAGAGAGAGAGAGAAUAUGAAUGAGCAAGACAGUGAACUUGGGCUCAACUAUCCUAAAGGUUAAUUUUUCUGAAAACCAACUAGUUAAAGGGUAUGGCCUGGACCAAUUUAUUGAAGAAUUGCACAUAGAUGUUGAAUGAGUGCAGUCUAAUAGAACUCUCAUCAUCCCACCAUGUCUUCAGUGAAGAAUCUUUGUUCUUUUUUUUUUUUUUCAUUAUGCACUGGACAGUGAUAGCCACAGACAGUAUUCACAAGGAUACCCAAAUGUGGAGUCCAAUAUUCUUGAAAUUGUGUUGAAAUAUAUGCUUUUUCAUUUCUGAUAUAUAGAAAAGUAAAAAUGUUUUUUAAAUAAAGUAAAUAAAAAGAA